CGUAUUGAUAAGAGUUAUCAUGAGCGAAAGAAAGAAGGUGCAAAAUGCGUGUGUUAUCGUACUGGGAGAUAUUGGCCGCAGUCCACGGAUGCAGUAUCAUGUGAAGAGCCUUUCGGAGAACGAUUUCUCUGUAGAUUUUAUCGGUUAUGUGCAUUCGUCGCCGUUGGAAGAAAUAAGAACAAGCCCAAAUGUCCGUAUACACAAGCUGAACCCAUUCCCAGAGCUUGAACUGCCGAACGUUCUUAAAUACCUCUUUAAGACGGUAUGGCAAGCGCUAAGUUUACUGAUCACCCUCAUCAGUAUACCGAAACCGAAGUUUAUACUAUGCCAAAAUCCACCGGCCAUUCCUGCUGUGAUUGUGGCGUAUCUUUAUUGCCUGUUUACCCGCUCCAAACUCAUAAUUGAUUGGCACAAUUAUACGUACUCGAUUUUGGCCCUUGAAUCAUCUCAAGAAUCGCCAAUCGUCCGCAUUGCCAAGCAGAUAGAACGAUUUUUCGGGGCCAGGGCAACGGAUAGCUUUUGUGUAACGAAAGCAAUGAAAGACGAUCUUUAUGCCCGUUGGAAUGUUAGAGCAACAGUCUUGUAUGAUCGCCCUCCACAACAAUUCCAGAGCAUCUCCGUCCAGGAAAAGCAUAAUUUUUUUGUACGUCUUGCUGAAAGUAUAAGCGCAUUUCGCACGGAACCUGAACCAGCGGCAAAUGAAGAAAUUGCAGAAUGCACAGCGUUCACUAUCAAGUAUCGUAAUGGAGACGUUAAGCUGCGCGAUUCGAGACCUGGCUUAUUAGUAUCCAGCACUAGCUGGACGCCGGACGAAGACUUUAGUAUGCUAAUCAGUGCGCUGGAUCAGUAUGAGCGGGAUGCGCUAGAACAACCGUCACACUAUCCAGACAUUGUGUGUAUAAUUACCGGCAAAGGGCCGCUGAAGGAAAACUAUCGAAAAAUUGUAAAUUCAAAGUCAUGGAAAAAGGUUAAGCUGGAGAUGCCAUGGUUGGAAAAUGAGGAUUACCCCAAAUUGUUGGCCUGCAGCGAUCUGGGCGUAUGUCUACACUACAGCUCAAGCGGACUCGAUUUACCGAUGAAGGUGGUGGACAUGUUUGGUUGUGGAUUGCCAGUUUGUGCCGUACAUUUCGACUGCAUCGAUGAGUUAGUAAAGCAUGGAGAAAAUGGAUUCGUUUUCCAACACCAUCAGGAACUGGCCGAGCAAAUAGGCCACUGGUUCUACGACUUCCCCAGUAACAUUGCCUUGGCGAACAUGAAGCAGGACAUGCAGAAACACUUGAAAAUUUUUCAGGCACUCCGAUGGACGGAAAACUGGAAGCACGUCGCACUGCCAGUGUUCAAAAACUAA